GUUGACUCCAAUAGUAUUACUCCUCUGCUCCUCCACUGGUUUUGCUCGUGUCUGGUUUUUGUCUGCAAAAUCAAAAAAUGGCAUCGUCAGUAGUAGAAGAAGUGAAAGUGCCAAGAAUCAAGCUGGGCUCGCAAGGUUUCGAAGUUUCAGCGCAAGGGCUCGGGUGCAUGGGCAUGUCAGCCUUCUAUGGGCCACCCAAGCCCGAGCCCGACAUGAUCAAUCUUAUCCACUAUGCUGCUAGCAGAGGAAUCACUCAUCUUGACACCUCCGAUGUCUAUGGACCCCAUACCAAUGAAUUACUUCUGGGCAAGGCUUUGAAGGGAGGGAUACGAGAGAAAGUGGAGCUAGCAACAAAAUUUGGGGUCAAAAUUGAGGAUGGAAAGCGGGAGAUUCGUGGUGAUCCAGCCUAUGUAAGGGCUGCUUGUGAGGCUAGCUUGAAACGACUUGGUGUUGACUGCAUUGAUCUCUACUAUCAGCAUCGCAUCGAUACAAGUCUGCCUGUCGAAAUCGCGGAGGAGUGGAACAGAAGAAAUUUAACCAAUCUGUUGAAUACCAUUGCAUAUAUAGGAGAACUUAAAAAACUGGUUGAAGAGGGUAAAAUCAAGUAUAUAGGUCUAUCUGAGGCCUCAGCUUCAACAAUCAGAAGAGCACAUGCUGUUCAUCCAAUAACGGCAGUAGAGUUGGAGUGGUCAUUGUGGAGCAGAGAUGCGGAGGAAGAGAUCAUCCCUACUUGCAGAGAACUUGGCAUAGGGAUUGUGGCAUACAGUCCACUUGGACGAGGAUUCUUCACAUCAGGUUCGAAGGUGGUUGAGAAUUUAUCUGAAGGUGACAUCCGAAAGAAUUUGCCAAGGUUUCGAACAGAGAAUAUGGAGCAUAACAAGAACCUGUACGAGCGUGUCAAUGUCAUCGCUUCAAAGAAGGGUUGUACCCCAUCACAGCUAGCAUUGGCCUGGGUGCAUCAUCAGGGAAACGAUGUUUGUCCCAUUCCUGGCACCACCAAGAUUGAAAACCUCAAUCAGAAUAUAGGAGCUUUGUCUGUAAAACUGUCUGCGGAAGAUAUGGAUGAACUGGAAUCCAUUGCUUCAGCUGGAAUAAAGGGUGAUAGACUUCCCCCUGGCUUUGAUAGUUGGAAAACCUCUGAUACUCCACCUCUGUCAACGUGGAAGGCCACAUGAAUACUGCCUUUGUUAUGCUAACAAUUCAUGUAGCUAUCUAUCUGAAUAAUGCAUUUUCACUGUUGUUGAGGGCUGAGUGAAUUGUAACUGUUCCAAUAAACUGCAACCUAAUUCAUAGUAUUGUGUUGAGGGUUGAUUCAUUUUACAGCUAUCUUAUACGAAGUUAAAAACUUGAGGUUGUAAUGGAUAAAAAUCUGGUCAAGCAAACAAAUUGCUUGCUGGUCUUGUUGCAGGACAAGCCAACAGUACCCUUGCUGCUGUUUGAAUAAGAUGUUUAUCUGGUGUAUUUCUGAACA